AUGUCUGCUGCUGGUUUUUUGUUGUGUUUGCUGGCCGUUUUCCCGCUGGGCUCGUGGGCCCAGUACGGCCCAGAUGAGGUGACCGUCCUUCCGGGAGCGACGUUCAAAAUCAACUUUCUCCAGUGGUCCGGAUACCUCCAAGCAGGACCAAAUAAGUUUUUUCAUUACUGGUUUGUGGUUUCCCAGAGGGAGCCAGCCAAAGACCCGCUGGUCCUGUGGUUGAAUGGAGGCCCCGGCUGCAGCUCUCUGGAUGGAUUCUUGUCAGAAAAUGGACCAUUUCAUGUAAAUGAUGAUGGGGCCACUCUGUAUGAGAACAAAUUCAGCUGGAACAAGAUUGCCAAUAUCCUGUAUCUUGAAUCUCCUGCAGGAGUGGGAUAUUCCUACUCUGUCAACGGAACAGAUGAAACUGAUGAUGACCAGGUUGCUGAAGAUAAUUACAGAGCGCUCCAGAGUUUCUUUGUCAAGUUUCCAAACUUCACCCAGAAUGAGUUCUUCAUCUUUGGGGAGAGUUACGGUGGGAUUUACGCGCCGACACUAAGCCUGCGCGUGGCCACGGGAAGCACCAAAAUCAACUUUAAGGGCUUUGCGGUGGGAAAUGGUCUCAGCAGCUUUGCUCUCAAUGACCAGUCUUUGAUCUACUUUGGCUAUUACCACGGCCUAUUUGGAGAAGAUUUGUGGCGGGAACUGAACAUAAAUUGCUGUGACAAAGGAAAGUGUACCUUUUCCGAUCCCGUCUCUGAUACCUGCAAGAUCCUGGUAAAUAUGGCCUUCAAAAUAGUUUAUGAGAGUGGACUUAAUGAGUAUGCUCUGUACUUGGAUUGUGAGGGAACCAGAGCUUUUCACAAAGGAUAUGAGAGAGCCAUGAGUCAUCUGUUUAAGGACAUGAGGAUAAACCUGCCUGCCCUCAAGUUUUUAGACGGAUUGACAUCCUCGGGCUCUUUGAAGGAGGUUCCUCCCUGCAUCAACAGCACAGCUCAGGCAAACUGGUUGAACAGAGGUGACGUGAGGAAAGCUUUGCACAUCGAGGAUUCACGGCCAGCCUGGGAAAUCUGCAGUGAUACCGUUGGAGCCCAUUACAAGUCUACCUACUCAACGAUGAGAGACGUGUAUCUGAAGCUGCUCUCCAUGGGCCUGCGGGCGCUCGUCUACAACGGAGACACCGACAUGGCCUGCAACUUCUUGGGGGACCAGUGGUUUGUGGAGGACCUCGGCAUAAAGGCAACCACCAAGUACCAGCACUGGAUCCAUGAUGACCAGGUUGCUGGUUUCUACCAACAAUAUGGAAACGUCACUUUCCUGACAGUAAAGGGUGCAGGUCACAUGGUUCCUCAGUGGGCUCCGGGUCCAGCUUUUCAUCUGUUCCAGUCCUUCAUAAUGAACAGCUCCUACUGA